AUGCUACUUGGGUUUGAAGGCGAUUUUGAAAUCCUUGGAGAUCCACAAAUCAAACUUAUUGAAAAUGUUCUUCAAAAACAAGGAUACACAAAUGGAAAGGUUUUAGUGGAACCAGUGGGCCAAAAAGGAGAUAACUACAUUGCUCAUGUGAAGAGAUUUAUAUAUGAAUCAGGAGAAGGAUCCACAUUCAAGAUGAUCGGAAAAAUUGCACCUGUAGCAGAAGAACUAAGAAAUAUAAUGAAAACAAUGCUACUAUUUAACAAUGAAAUUGUAAUGUACAAUUUGGUUCUUCCAAAGCUAAAUGAUUUACAAAACUUAGUUGGUAACAAUAAAGAUAAAGUAAGAUUUCCAACCUGUUAUGGAGUUGUGAAUGAAGCACCGUACGAAUUCAUUCUGCUUGAAGAUUUGAAAGAAUCAGGCUUGGAAAUGUUGGACAGAUUAAAAUAUCUAACAAAUGAUAGUAUUAGAAUUGUUAUUAAGGAUUUAGCCAUAUAUCAUUCACUUUCAUAUGUGCUAAAAAUACUGAAGCGGAAAUCUUUUAUAAAUUCGCAGACAAAUUGUCAAAUAUUUCGGCUUUCUGAGAAUGAUCUCCUCAAACUGUUGGGCGACGAAAGUGAUAAAUAUAAGAACCUAGUGACUGGAUCAAUUACAGAAAUACCUUCAAAUGCAAGAGAUAUUCAAAAUGAUGAAAAAGGCUCAAAAUACACUGUGAUCCAGCAGGUUGACUGUUGGAAUAACAAUAUUUUGUUCAGGCUUGAGGACGGUAAACCCCGUAAACCUGUAGGAAACGUGAUGAUCGACUAUCAGAUGUCAAAAGAAAGCAGCCCUGCCGCCGACAUUUUGUACCUCUUAUUUAACUGCACAGACCAUGCGACAAGACUGCAGCACUACAGAGAAUGGAUCGACUAUUACCACAAAAUUCUGAGCUCCACAUUGAAAAAACACGGUCUUGAAGCAAAUCUUGUAUUUCCUAAAGACCAGCUACUUGCAGAUUUAAAAAGAUAUAGUAGAAUUUCUAUUGGUUUUGGUUUGUUCCUCUCAUCCAUGUUAGUGAGGGAGUCUAAAGACGUGUUCGAUUUCAAAGAAAAGGAGUCGAUGUUAGUAGAGGACGUUAUAGCAAAGAUGAAUAUGUUGUCUUUGGAUAAAUCUACGACCAACAGAUUGAAGGGAAGAAUUAUGGGUAUUAUUGAUACUGUUCUUGAGUUUGGACUUGUUUAG